AUGGAAUAAGAAAAUAUAGGAGAUUUAUAAUAAAAAGAAUAAACAGAAAAUAAAAAUUAAUAAGAAUAAAACGAAGAAAUAUAAUAUGAUUAAAAGCUGGAAAUAAGAGAAUCUUCUUAUGCAGGAAGUUGGUACUCGAAUAAUGAACAUGAGUUAAAUAUUUAAAUUAACGUAUGGUUAGAUAUGGCAAAAUGUGAAAUUUAAAAUAUUUAGGCUGUAAAAGCUAUUAUUGUUCCUCAUGCAGGUUUUUCUUUUUCAGGUCCUACAUAAGCAUAUGCUUAUAAAUAUUUGAAAUAAUAUUGUCAUUAAAAAAAACUACGUGUAUUUUUAAUGGGUCCUUUCCAUUACAUUUUUAUUAGAUAAUGUGGAUUAUCAGGAAUGAAAGUAUAUGAAACUCCAGUAGGAAACAUAGAAAUAGAUUAAGAAACCAUAAAUGAAUUACGAGAAUUAGCUUAUUUUGAAACUACAGAUAAAGAUGCAGAAGAAGAAGAACAUUCAUUAGAAAUGUAACUAUGUUUUUUAAUUAAAACAUUAGGUGCUGAAAAUAUAAAAUUGAUACCUAUUAUGGUUGGUGCCCUUGAUUAAAGUUAGGAAACCUUAUAUGGAUAGAUUUUUAGUAAAUUUGUUGAUUAAGAUGACACUUUAUUUAUUGUUUCAACAGAUUUUUGUCACUGGGGAUAAAAGUAUAAAUAUACAUAUUUUAAUAAAGAUGAUGGGGAAAUUUAUGAACAAAUUGAAAAACUUGAUUAAAGAGGAAUGACAAUAAUCGAAAAACAUGAUAAUUAAGAAUUUAUAAGUUACUUAAAAGAAACUGAAAAUAAUAUUUGUGGAAGACAUGCUUUAUCUAUUUUAUUACAUGCAUUUAAUAAUAGUAAAUAUUCAAAAGAUAUUUAAACUCAUUUUGUUAGAUAUGCUUUAUCUAGUUUAGUUAAAGAUAAAUCAGAUUAAUCUGUAUCUUAUGCAUCAGCCGUAUCAAUUAUAGAGGAUUAAUGA